AUGGCGUCCAGCCCGUCGAACUCCUCGGCGUCCUCCCUCAGCAACCCUUUCGUAGUUCCUGAACCCACGCCACUCGCCGCCGCUGCUGUUCAGCUCGUCAACAUCCGUGCCCAUGUGCCGGUCAUCCUCGAGCACGACGACGCCAACUAUAACACCUGGAGCACCUUCUUCGAGAUGGCGCUCCGUAAGUUUGGUCUGCUUGACCAUGUCGACGGCACCGUCGACGCCCGGCUGCGUCUCCAUGACGCCGACUGGACUCAGAUCGACUACGCCAUCGUCUCCUGGCUAUACACGUCAGUGUCAAAGGGGGUGAUGGACGCUGUCGUUCAUCCUCACCCGACGGCCUUCUCGCUCUGGACGGCCAUCCGCGGCCUCUUCCGCGACAACGCCAUGCAGCGCGCCGUGUACGCCCUGCAGGAGUUCCACAGCCUUUACCAAGGCGAGAUGUCCGUCAACGCCUACUGCACCCGCCUCAAGACUCUCUCCGACACGCUGCACGACGUCGGGCACCCCAUCACCGACCAAGCGCUCGUCAUCAACGCGCUGCGUGGCCUGAACUCCAAGUUCAGCCAUGCCAUUGGCGUCCUCACCUCCAAGCUUCCGCCGCCUACCUUCCUGUACACUCGCUCCUAUUUGAUGCAGGAAGAGACACGGAUGGAGCACACAGCCAAGAUGGAGGCCACCACUGCGCUGCUGGCUACGGGUUCCUCUUCGGCGACCUCGACCGGCUCCGCCACCAAGCCGCAGUCCCCUGCACCACCGACAUUCUCUCUGUCCAAGGCCAACAACAAGAAGAAGCGCAAGCAGUCCUCGACCGGCUCCACCAUCAAGUCGACGACGCCUACCCUGGCGCCCGGGGCCGGCGCACAUGCGACACCGUGGGGCACUGCCUACAACCCUUGGACGGGCGUCGUCUAG